UAAUGAAUGGAAACGCGUCGCAGCCAAGAAAGUUGAGCAGCAGUUAGAAGUAACUUUGGGAGUGAUGCGUGAUCUGCGAGUAAUGGAUUGGCCCGGAGAAGAAGAAACUACUCUGGAGAAGAGAAAGUUUGAUCUCGUUUAAAUUUUACAACAAUAGCUUUUUGAAGGGAGGACAGUGGAGAUACAGUGUGAAGCUCAACAUGGAGAUACACGCGUAAAUGGCACAGAGGGACAGUAACAGCAGACUCCUGCGCUGUCAGCUUUUCAUCUGGAGAAGUGGAUUAUCUGGAUUCAAUUGUUCAUGAGACUCUCGGAAUACUUGGAAUGACAUUUCUAUUUUUGCAUUUUUAAGCUUGGAUUAUUUUUUAUUAUUAUUAUUGUGAGUGAAAUAAGUUGAAGGAUUGGCACAAGGGAGAAGAUGGGUAACAUAGAGAGUGUGGACGGCCAGUCGGAGAUGAUGAAGCAUCACAUCAUGCCCCUGAAGGUGCCUAUGCCUGACCCCAACGAGCUGGAGGAGAAAUUUGCCAUUGUUUUGAAUUCUAUGAACCUGCCUCCAGACAAAGCCCGGCUCCUCAGACAGUAUGACAAUGAGAAGAAAUGGGACCUGAUCUGCGACCAGGAGAGGUUUCAGGUGAAGAAUCCGCCUCACACCUACAUCCAGAAGCUGCGAGGAUACUUAGACCCCGGAGUCACACGCAAGAAGUUCCGCAGGCGGGUGCAGGAAUCUACAAAAGUCUUGAGGGAGCUGGAGAUAUCGCUGCGGACAAACCACAUUGGGUGGGUGAGGGAGUUCCUCAAUGAUGAGAACAGAGGUCUCGACGUCCUGGUGGAGUAUCUCUCCUUUGCUCAGUGUGCUGUCAUGUUGGAUUUUGAGGGGCUGGAGAAUGGGGAGGAAGGCUUCUUGGACAAGUCUAAGUCUUGGAGCAGGUCUAUAGAGGAUCUGCACCAUUCGGGAAGCCAACCCUUCUGCAACACACUGGUGCGCUCUGCCCGCCAGUCUGUCCUCCGCUAUGGCUCAGUCUCCAACAGCAAAACCAUCAAAAACUCCCGCCUCGUGAGCCAAAAGGAUGAUGUGCACGUGUGCAUCAUGUGCUUGAGAGCAAUCAUGAACUACCAGUAUGGCUUCAAUAUGGUCAUGUCUCACGCACACGCAGUCAAUGAAAUUGCUCUCAGCUUGAACAAUAAGAACUCACGGACGAAAGCUUUAGUCCUUGAGCUGCUGGCUGCCGUCUGUCUAGUCCGAGGAGGUCAUGAGAUCAUCCUUUCAGCAUUUGAUAACUUCAAAGAGGUGUGUAAGGAGAAGCAUCGCUUUGAGAGACUGAUGGACCACUUCCGCAGUGAGGAGGGAAACAUCGAUUUUAUGGUUGCUUGCAUGCAGUUCGUCAACAUCGUGGUCCACUCGGUUGAGGACAUGAACUUCAGGGUCCAUCUGCAGUAUGAGUUCACCAAGCUGGGACUGGAUGAUUAUCUGGAGAAAUGUAAACAUACAGAGAGUGACAAGCUGUCGGUGCAGAUCCAGGCCUACCUGGAUAACGUGUUCGACGUGGGUGGUCUGCUGGAAGAUGCAGAGACCAAGAAUGCAGCGCUGGAGAAGGUGGAGGAACUGGAGGAGCACCUGUCCCAUGUGACGGAGAAGGUGCUGGAGGUUGAGAAUGAAACGAUGAUGAAAGUAGCUGAUUUGGAGAAGCUGCUCCUUCAGAAAGAUAAGGACCUGCUAGCAAUCCGGGAGACGUACGAGUCGAGCAACACCCAGGUCAACACCCUGAGGAGGAUGAUCAAGGAGAAGGAUGCUGCCUUCCAGAGGCACUUCAACAUUGAGAGGCGGCUGCUGGAGCUCGAGCAGCAAGGCACCAUCCGUUUGCACAAGAAGCCUGAUGGAGACAUUGCAAUCGAGCCGCUUGGUGUGGGUGGUGGGGGGGGCACUGGCCUCGGGAUCCCUCUGGGUGACAUCAGGCAGCUGUCUCUGGGGCCGACAGCAGGGCUGACGGAACCUGGAGGGCCCGACACCAGUUUACCCCCAGCCAGUGAAGCUCCCCCACCGCCUCCCCCGCCUCCACCACCUCCCCCUCCCCUGCCCUCAGCCUCAGGCCUAGGUGCACCAGUCCCACCACCGCCUCCUCCUCCUGCUCCACCUCUAACAGAUGCUUCUCCCUCAGUUAUCCUGAGUUUGGGUCUGUCAGCCAUCAGAAUCAAGAAGCCCAUCAAGACUAAGUUCCGCCUGCCUGUGUUUAACUGGACAGCCCUGAAGCCCAAUCAGAUCAAUGGCACGGUCUUCAAUGAAAUUGAUGAUGAACGUGUGUUGGAGGAGUUGGAUCUGGAGAGGUUUGAGGAGCUCUUUAAAACCAGAGCCCAGGGUCCGAUUGUUGAUCUCGCCUGCACAAAGAGCAAAGUGGCCCAGAAGACGGUGAACAAAGUCACCCUGCUGGACGCUAAUCGCUCCAAGAACUUAGCCAUCACACUGCGAAAGGCAAACAAGUCUACAGAGGAGAUCUGCAAAGCAAUAGAGAAGUUUGACCUCAAGGCCUUACCUGUUGACUUCGUGGAGUGCCUGAUGCGCUUCCUGCCCACAGAGACGGAGAUCAAGGUGCUGCGUCAGUAUGAGCGCGAGCGGCGGCCACUGGACCAGCUGGCAGAGGAGGAUCGCUUCAUGUUGUUUUUCAGCAAGAUUGAGAGACUCACGCAGAGGAUGAAUAUCAUCACCUUUGUCGGGAACUUUGCAGACAAUGUCAACAUGCUGACGCCGCAGCUCAACGCCAUCAUCGCUGCUUCGGGAUCUGUCAAAUCCUCACCCAAGCUGAAGAGGGUGCUUGAGAUCAUCUUAGCUUUGGGAAACUACAUGAACAGCAGCAAGAGAGGAUGUGUUUAUGGCUUCAAAUUACAAAGUCUCGAUCUGUUGCUGGACACUAAGUCCACAGACAGAAAAAUGACGUUACUCCACUACAUAGCGCUCAUCAUUAAAGAGAAAUACCCUGAACUGGCCAACUUCUGCAACGAACUGCACUUUGUGGAUAAAGCUGCAGCGGUAUCUCUGGAAAACGUGCUGCUGGAUGUGCGAGAGCUGGGGAAAGGCAUGGACCUGAUCCGCAGAGAGUGCAGUCUCCACGACCAUUCAGUCCUGAAAGGCUUCGUCCAGGCCAGUGACUCACAGCUGGACAAGCUGCAGAAGGACGCGAAGACAGCAGAGGAAGCCUUCAACAAUGUGGUGAACUACUUCGGAGAGAGUGCCAAGACGACUCCACCCUCGGUGUUUUUCCCUGUGUUUGUGCGCUUCAUCAAAGCCUACAAGGAUGCAGUGUUGGGAAACGAGCAGAGGAAGAAGCAGGAGGAAGCGAUGAGAGAAAAGUUAUUGGCUCAGGAGGCUAAACAGCACGAACCUAAGGUCCAGGCCCAGAAGAAGAGGCAGCAGCAGCAGGAGCUGAUCGCAGAGCUGCGCAAGCGGCAAGCCAAGGACCAUCGGCCUGUGUAUGAGGGCAAGGACGGAACUAUUGAGGACAUCAUCACAGUACUGAAGAGCGUGCCCUUCACAGCCCGCACUGCUAAACGCGGCUCACGGUUCUUCUGUGAAGCCAACCUCUGCGACGACGCCAACUGCUAGCCCUCCCCUCCCUAAUGCCAAGAUCUUCGAAACCAGCCCUUCCUGCGAGCUGAUGCGUUGAUCCGGAGCGGUUGGAAGAGACCCUAAACCACUUAUUCAUCACUUAUCGCUCCCCUCCCCGUUUAAAACCUUCCUCCCCCGUGUCCCGAUGGUCCAUCUCAACCCUGAGGCUGCAGAUCACAAAGACUCAAAAUAAAAGGGAGGACAGGACAGAGCCCUUGUGUUAGCUGGGUAAUUUAUUUAUUUAUGGCGGCCAUUAACAGCCACUUUAAGCGAGCAAGGCGUUUUUACAGGAGCACAGUGGUUUACUCCUCUCUCACUGCACGUAUGAGACUUUCACUGCUCUGUUGGCAUCGAGGGCCUGACCAGUCGGAGCACAGGUGAGGUGAGUUGAGGACUGGCGGAUCACAGUGCAGACGGAAUUGUACUUUCACUAACAAGUGCCUGCCAACAUGUGGAUCUUAUCCCAGAGACCAUUAAUUUCCUCAGAUGAUGCAGUCAUAGCAGGACUUAGACUGGGAGGCAGCCAAGGGAAGAUGCCAACCACGCUGCUGGGAUGUUUGCCUCCAAGACACUUGCAAAAACUUUCCUCCAAAUCAGAGAGAUCUACUCAGUAUAUUCAAUCACAAGUUAAUACUGACAAUGUUUUAUUUCAAUUUCAAUCACAUGUAUCUCGGAGGAAAGAGCAUCUACAGUGCAGGUGACAAGCUAGCCAAACCAAACUUUCUUGAAUGUCUCAUGUUGUUUAAGAAGUGCCUUUUUUCUGUGUAACCAGUGUUAUUUCUCAUGGGUCAGCCAUAAUAAGUUUAUUUUACAACCAUCAUUCGUUAAAUAUUGUAUCUUCAUUGCCUUGUUCUCGUAACAUUAACCUUAUAAUACUGAUGAUAAUAUGCAAAAGUGGAAAUUUCCAGAUUUGAAGGCACACAAAAAGUAGAAGGAGAAUAAUGAUUUGAGGAUUGCUCUUUUAUUUACCUUUAGUGCGUCGAUGUCUUAAAGCUUCAUUGCAUUUGACUUGAGUCAUUAUGUGUCUGUGCCUUGUUAAAAACUGAAUGUUGAACGCCUUGACAACACUUCCUGUCACACUUUGAAGUGACAUGUGGGAAGUGACACCUGUAUGAAGAAGCGGACUGCUGUUUGAGGCCCGGAUGACGUUAACCUGCUAUAGACGUGGUGAUGGAUGAAGGAUGUUUCCAAUCUUAAAGUGAUGUUGUGUGUGAAGAUUUGUUUUUUUAUCCUAAAUGAUGAGUUUCCUCCCAACAGCCGUGUUCUAACAUAACAAUGGCACAAAGGGAGUGACACUUUUUACACUACUUAAUUUGACUUUUGUUGUAAGAGACACUAUUCUUUACAUUAAUGUACAUUGAAAUCAAGAAAUUUACUUUUUAGAAGAAAUUAUCCAUUAUAUUUGUCUAUUGACUGAAAGAUGUCACUUCCUUUUUAAUAAAUAAGAUGAAUUAUCUAACUAUAAGACCAAAGUCUAUUAUUAUAGCAUUAUAGGUUUGUUUAUGUGUAAUUUCAAUUAUUUUUAAGGAUAGCUGAUAUUAAUUUCUGAUUUUCUCCGAUAAGAAUCAAUGAGUGACCGCUUUUUCGCUCCAUCUCUCAAAUGACGGACAGAGCCACCGUGUAGUUCUACUAUAAAAAUCCAUUUAAUUUCUUAUAUCAAAAAGAAAUAGAAUCAUAACAAAACAAUCAGAACCACAAGUAUCCAUGUGGGUUUCGCCACCGAAAAAGUUUCUCCAACUGAAAAAUGAUUGUUCUAAUUUACAUGGUCAGGUGAAACUCUAACAGAGCAGGAUGUAAAAAAGCACAAACAUAAAAACCCGUUAUGAAUACUGUUAACAAGAUAAAAGCCGGAAGGUUUCCUCUAGGAUGGAUGAGUGACGGUGUGUGUGGUGCGGGUGGAGGCUGAGGAGAAGCUCAGUUAAAAGCAGCGUGGUGAGACACAGUGCAACACUUACUGAAGACUGAGAACCAGGCUGACUGACAGACAGGUGGUUAGCAGCCAGGCAAAGGAAUUAACAAAGGAAUGCUUAUCAGGAAGCUAAUCAGUCUCCUUACUGGGAAUGCACUUAACAAUGAGUAUUAACCUAAAUCACAUGUUCAUGUAAUUACAUACAACACACACACACAAAAAAGAAAAAGAAUUACUCCCACAGAAGUACGUACCAUCAAACGGGCUCCCUGGCCUUUCCUGAAAGUACGUUUACAAUCAAAAGACAAGGAACGAAGGCUAAAUGUUACCAUUCUCAGUUAAUUAUUCGUUGCAGAUCGUUUUUCAGUGAUGACUGGAAAAAAUUCACAGACGCUUGUUGUCACUUCUCCCCCAAAAAAGAACUUUCUAGUACAGUUUCAGAGCAAAGUCCGGCUGCUGUCCCGAGUGUCCUGCAGUAGGCUAAACCAAAGGCCACAAAUAUCCAUCCCAGACUGUUCAUCCUGGAUUGUGGACUUUAUUACAAUCAUCUUCAUCCAGCACACUCACACACUGCCAUUGACUCAUUCAUUUCUGACACAAGGUAGGUCAAUUACACCACUUUAAAAAAAAAAAA